CUUUAACCAUGGAAAAGCAGGGCCGCAGUGAGAUGGAAGUAGCCCCGUCAGAGUCUCACUCCUACAUUAAAUUGUUGAAAGUCAACCGGGAGCAUCUGGUCACCCACAUCCGCAACACCCAGUGUCUGGUGGACAACUUGCUGCACAACGACUACUUCUCCGCGGAAGACGCCGAGAUCGUGUGCGCCGGCCCCACGCAGCCCGACAAGGUGCGCAGAGUUCUGGACCUGGUGCAGAGCAAGGGUGAGGAGGUGUCGGAGUUCUUCGUCUUCGUGCUCCAGCAGCUCGCAGAUGCUUACGUGGACCUCAGGCCUUGGCUGGCCGAGAUCGGCUUCUCCCCUUCCCAGCUCGUUCAGAGCAAAGCUGUCGUCAACACCGAUCCAGUGAGCAGAUACUCCCAGAAGCUGCGUCACCAACUGGGCCGGGACUCCAAGUUCAUCCUGUGCUAUGCCCAGAAGGAGGAGCUACUGCUGGAGGAGAUGUAUACAGACACCAUCAUGGAGCUGGUGGACUUUGGCAACGAGAGCCUGGGCAGUGUAGGCAGCCUGGCCUGCCUCCUGGACCCCUCCACGGGCGUCCUUAACAAGGAGGGCGAGACCAUUUUCAUCUUCGGUGACGCAGGGGUGGGCAAGUCCAUGCUGCUGCAGCGGCUGCAGAGCCUCUGGGCCUCUGGCCAGCUGGAUCCUGGGCUCAAGUUCUUCUUCCACUUCCGCUGCCGCAUGUUCAGCUGCUUCAAGGAGAGCGCCACCCUCUGUCUGCAGGACCUGCUCUUCAAGCACUACUGCUUCCCGGAGCAGGACGAGGAGGUGUUCACCUUCCUGCUGCGCUUCCCUCACACCGCCCUCUUCACCUUCGACGGCCUGGACGAGCUGCACUCGGACUUCGACCUGAGCGGCGAGCCGGACACCUCCUCCCCCUGGGAGCCAGCCCACCCCCUGGCCCUGCUGGCCAACCUGCUCAGCGGGAAGCUGCUCAAGGGGGCCCGCAAACUGCUCACGGCCCGCACGGGCGUCGAGAUCCCGCGCCAGCUCCUCUGGAAGAAGGUGCUCCUGCGGGGCUUCUCCCCCAGCCACCUGCGCGCCUUCACCAGGAGGAUGUUCCCCGAACGCGCCGUGCGCCAGCGCCUGCUGGACCAGCUGGAAGCCAACCCCAACCUCUGCAGCCUGUGCGCCGUGCCGCUCUUCUGCUGGAUCAUCUUCCGCUGCUUCCAGCACUUCCACGACGCCUUCGACAGCUCCCUGCAGCUGCCCGACCGCACGGUGACCCUGACCGAUGUCUUCCUGCUGGUCACCGAGGUCCAUCUGAACAGGACGCAGCCCACCAGCCUGGUGCAGCGCAACACGCGGAGCCAGACGGAGACCUUCCGCGCCGGCCAGGGCACCCUGCGUUCCCUGGGGCAGGUGGCCCGCUGGGGCAUGGAGAGGAGCCUCUUCCUUUUCAACCAGGAGGAGGUGCAGGCGUCCGAGGUGCAGGAGGGGGACCUGCAGCUGGGCUUCUUGCGGGCAGUGCCAGAGUUGGGCCUCGGAGGGGACCAGCAGUCCUACGAGUUUCUCCAUCUCACCCUUCAGGCCUUCUUUGCCGCCCUCUUUCUCGUGGUGGAUGACAGUGUGGGCCCUCAGGAGCUGCUGCGGUUCUUCCAGGAGUGGGUGCCUCCUGGGGAGGCAGAGGCCGCGUCCUGCUUCCUCCCCUUCCUCCCCGGCCAGUGCUUGGGGCGUGGCCUGGUGGGGGAGGACCCCUUCAAGAACAAGGACCACUUUCAUUUUACCAACCUCUUCCUGUGCGGGCUGCUGUCCAAAGGCAAACAGAAACUCCUGCGGCACCUGGUGCCCGCCGCCACCCUGCGCCGAAAGCGCAAGGCCCUGUGGGCUCACCUGUUCUCCAGCCUGCGCUCCCACCUGAAGAACCUGCCCCGAGUUCAGUCGGGGGGCUUCAGCCAGGUGCAGGCCAUGCCCACCUUCAUCUGGAUGCUGCGCUGCAUCUACGAGACGCAGAGCGAGAAGGGGCAGCUGGCUGCCAGGGGCAUCUGUGCCAACUACCUCAAGCUGACCUUCUGCAACGCCUGCUCGGCCGACUGCAGCGCCCUCUCCUUCGUCCUGCACCACUUCCGCAAGCAGCUGGCCCUCGACCUGGACAACAACAAUCUCAAUGACUACGGGGUGCGGGAACUGCAGCCCUGCUUCAGCCGCCUCACGGUCAUCAGACUCAGUGUAAACCAGAUCACUGACAGUGGGGUGAAGGUGCUAUAUGAAGAGCUGACCAAAUACAAAAUCGUGACAUUUUUAGGCUUAUACAACAACCAGAUCACUGAUGUCGGAGCCAGGUACGUCGCCAGAAUCCUGGAUGAGUGCAAAGGCCUCAAGUGCCUGAAACUGGGAAAAAACAAAAUCACGAGCGAAGGAGGAAAGUGCCUGGCCCGGGCUGUGAAGAACAGCAGAUCCAUCUUUGAAGUUGGGAUGUGGGGCAACCAAAUCGGCGACGAAGGGGCGAAGGCCUUCGCAGAGGCUCUGAGGAACCACCCCAGCCUGACCAACCUGAGUCUUGCAUUCAACGGCAUCUCUACAGAAGGAGGAAAGAGCCUCGCACAGGCCCUGCAGCAGAAUGCGUCUCUGAGAAUAUUCUGGCUCACCCAAAAUGAGCUCGAUGACGAAGUGGCAGAGAGCUUAGCAGAGAUGCUGAAAGUCAACCAGACGUUGAAACACUUAUGGCUUAUCCAGAACCAGAUCACAGCCAGAGGGACUGCCCGGCUGGCGAAUGCCUUACAGAACAACACUGGCAUAAUGGAGAUUUGCUUAAAUGGAAACCUGAUAAAGCCAGAGGAGGCCAAAGUCUUUGAAGACGAGAAGCGGAUUGUCUGUUUCUGAGCCG